AUACCAAAAUAGUUAACAUCCGUUCAUUUGAAGUACCUGUGAAUGCUUAGAUAUUAUGGUGAAAAAAACACUUUAUCAUGAAGUAUACCCACAACUCGGUCCUCAUAUAUAGCAAUGAGCAACAGAAAAAGGAGACAUUUUAUUUUUAACUUCAAAAGAUGCUGGCAUAUGCUUUUGUCAUGAUUAAAAGUUCAAUUGCUUUAUUUUAACAAGACUAAGAAUCUUAUGUGUUGAGGUUCUGACAAACCUGGAUGUCCCAACUGUAAGUGAAGAAGACUAGGAGAUUGAAAAAUAGUGCAAACCACAGAAGAUGUCUAAGGAAAUAAAGGCCAGGCAAUUUGUUUCCUGCUUCAACCAUGAUCCUGUAUGUCCAAAGAAUUAGCAUUGGAUGUUAAUAAUUGGAUUUUGAUUAAUGUGACUAUGAGAUUGGAUUCAAAAGGAGGAAUAAAUGAAAACUGAUUCUGGAGUCAUAGAUCGUGAUUGAGAUACAAGGCCAGUUGCUUUCAACAAUCUUAGAAUUAUUAGUUAAUGUAAUGGAAUGAGGGGAUCUAUGAAAAGAUACUGGCAACAUAAUUAGAGAUACCAUAAUCAAUAAUCCAGAAACUAUAAUGAUACAUGUAAUUGUUGAGUUGCCAAGACUAUGGUACUGCUAGGAGUUUGUUUUACCUUCAAUUAUAGAUACUUCAAAUAAAUUGCCACUGAAAUCUUGAUUUUAGUUCUUUUUUGGACUGAGAAAUAUUAACAGACAUUGUAGGAAACCCAUUAAGUGAAUGGCCAGGUUCUUAACUAUGCUAUAUUCUUUUGCAAUAAGUACACUAGAGACAACCUCAACAUCUGCCUCAAGCUCCAUAUUUUUCCCAAUCUCAAAGUUUGCUACAAUUUCCUAAGUACACCAUAUAAGUUUCGACUGGUUGAAUUAUAUUAUCGUCUAUUGGGAGUGAAGGAGCUCAAAGUAAUCAAGUAACUAAAUUCUCUAUUCAAGGAAUUUCUUAGGAGCUAAUGUGGACACAUGGCAUGAGGAACUGGUAGCACAUAGUAUCAACCAAUUUUGCAAUUAUACCUGAGUGUACUAGCUUACAGAAAAAUUUUCCCCUCCUCAACAAUAGAGUUGGCCUUAGUAAAAAAGGUAGUCAUAUCAUGAUCAAAUUGUUCUAGCAUGGCGAAUUUGGGGGCCGACUCUAAUUAAACGAUCAAAGGGGAGCCUUGGAGCAGUGGUUAAGCUGUCUUUGUGUGACCUCAAGAUCACAGGUUCAAGCCUAGAAAUCAGCCACUUAUGCAAUUAUUAAGUCAAACUGCCUGCAUUACACCCUUUGGGUGCGGCCCUGCUCUAGACCCUGUGAUAACGCGGGAUGCUUGUGUACCAGACUGUAUUUUUUUACACUAAAUCAUUCAACCAUUGAUUAUGCAAACUGACUUGACUCUUUUCUAGAAAGAAUGGCAGGUUUAGAAGCUUUGUGAUUCACCAAAGUUGUUGAUUCAACAUAUUGUCACAGUAUCACAACUGAUGGUUUCUCCUACAGGGCUUUAGUCCCAUUAGGAGUUCUAUCCACAAUUAUUUAGAUGAUCUGAAAUUCUUUGACUACUAAACCGAAGAUUUUUUGAAGUUGACGAGGCAAGGUUGUCCUUUCCACUUAUUUUUUAAAGUUAUUGUGGGGGUUUACAGAGAAUGCAUAUGAAUCAGGAGACAUAUAACGUGGUUGUGGGAAAACCACAAAAAUAGGGUAACGUUCAAUGCAUGGGAUUCAAAUAAGAUACUCCACUAUUGCGGAAAGCAUUUCACACACACAUACGCCUUGUUAAACUUAUAGAAAGAAACUAAAACAAAAAUAUUGCAGAACAGGGGCUUGAAAACAAUGAUGAACUAGACAGUUAUUCGGAUAAUUUUAAAAACAGUAAAGGCCUGAAUGGGGCUGAUCCUGGUGAAAACCCUCUUUCGAAGGGUGGUGUGAGAAUGUGACACACCAACUGAGAAUGUAAGUAUCUCCAACUUCUAGCAUGCUGGCCGUUUCUUGGUUUAGGAUAGUAUUUUCAAAAUGUCAGUUGAUACUUGAUAGUGAUAUAAACUAAGAUAAUCCAUGAUUGAUGAGAUAUUGGCUCUUGAGCAGUGGGUAAAUGGGAGUUAGCUCCUCUACCUUAAAGGAAGUCCACUAUUGGUUCUUGUUAGGUAUAUACAUGAUCCAUCUCUUGUGAUAUGUUCCUCAUUUUUCUCAAAAAUAUACUCCUCUCACAUGAUUCGUUUUACUUUUUACAUGUACAGUCAAUAUAGAAAAUAUAUGAAACCCAUAUAACUACUUAAAAUAGUCACAUGACAUUAUGUUAUAAUCUUGAUCUUAUAAUUCUUAUCAAUGGUUAUGAUUUAUUCUUCUCACAUUACCACAAUAAGCCACUGAUAGUCUGAUAGACACUCUUUCUCUCUACCUAUAUGCACUUGCUGAUGUAUUUUCUUCAAUGUGGUAAUAGCUGUUUUUUAUGCCUUUGUGAAGCUGACAACCACCAUAUAAUGAUAUACUAUCCCAGUUCAGCAGGUGGAGGUAUGAAGGAAUUAUUUAGGAAGGUCCAGCGAGUUCCAUCCGGAGGUGAGAAGAGUGAGGCGUGAAGGCUCAUAUAUUUAUGAGGAAUUCAUGCCAACUGGAGGGACAGAUGUUAAGGUUUAUACAGUAGGUCCUGAAUAUGCUCAUGCUGAGGCAAGGAAGUCCCCCGUUGUUGAUGGUGUUGUUAUGAGAAAUCCUGACGGGAAGGAAGUUAGGUAUCCAGUGUUACUGACUCCUGCUGAGAAGGAAAUGGCUCGAGAGGUUUGCAUUGCAUUCAGACAAUCGGUUUGUGGGUUUGAUCUUUUGAGAAGCAAUGGACGUUCUUAUGUUUGCGAUGUGAAUGGCUGGAGCUUUGUUAAAAACUCACACAAGUAUUAUGAUGAUGCUGCCUGUGUACUGCGGAAGAUGUUAUUAGAUGUAAAAGCACCUCAUCUUUCUUCUGUCAUUCCACCAACGUUACCAUGGAAAGUAAGUGAAGUACUCCUUCCUUGUGAGUCACUAACUCGUCAGGGUAGUGGUAUUAAUGGCACUUUUGGACUCGCGGAAGAAUUACGUUGCGUAAUUGCUGUUAUUCGCCAUGGUGAUAGAACUCCUAAACAGAAGGUGAAGUUAAAGGUUACUGAAGAAAGCCUGUUGAACAUAAUGAUAAAAUACAAUGGAGGCCGACCUAGAUCUGAGGCAAAGCUUAAAAGUGCUAUUCAGCUGCAAGAGCUGUUAGAUGCCACACGAAUGCUGGUCCCUCGCACUAGACCAGAUCGAGAAAGUGACAGUGAUGCUGAAGAGGUUGAGCAUGCUGAAAAACUUCGCCAAGUUAAAGCAGUCCUUGAGGAGGGAGGACAUUUCUCUGGCAUAUAUAGGAAGGUUCAACUAAAGCCACUAAAAUGGGUCAAAGUGACAAACAGCAAUGGUGAAGUUGAAGAACGACCCACGGAAGCUCUUAUGGUUCUAAAAUAUGGUGGUGUUCUUACACAUGCUGGCAGAAAGCAGGCUGAAGAACUUGGAAGAUAUUUCCGAAACAAAAUGUAUCCAGGUGAAGGUACGGGAUUGCUUCGCCUUCAUAGUACAUACCGUCAUGAUCUUAAGAUUUACAGCUCUGAUGAGGGUCGUGUCCAGAUGUCUGCUGCUGCAUUUGCCAAAGGUCUUCUUGACCUAGAAGGGCAACUAACACCAAUCCUGGUUUCACUCGUUAGCAAGGACUCCUCCAUGUUGGAUGGGCUUGAAAAUGCCAGUAUUGAAAUGGAAGCAGCCAAGGCUCGGUUGUAUGAUCUUAUUACCUCUGGUACGAAUACAGCUGAUAGUGAUGAAUCAGCUGAAUUUCCUUGGACAGUUGAUGGUGCUGGAUUGCCACCCAAUGCAUCAGAAUUACUUCCGAAGUUGGUGAAGUUGACUAGGAAGGUUACUGAACAAGUAAGACUACUUGCAAAAGAUGAAGAUAAGAAACUUGCAGAAAGAAGAUUAUAUGAUGUAAACACUCCUUAUGACCAAGCAACGGCUCUUGGCAAGACAAAUAUGGAUGUUGAUCGUAUAGCUGCUGGAUUACCUUGUGGAAGUGAGGGGUUUCUACUGAUGUAUGCUCGGUGGAACAAGCUUGAAAGGGAGUUGUAUAAUGAACGCAAGGAGCGCUUUGAUAUUACUCAGAUUCCAGAUGUUUAUGAUUCAUGCAAAUAUGAUCUGUUGCACAAUGCCCAUCUUAAUCUAGAAGGACUGGAUGAGCUUUUCAAAGUUGCUCAGGCACUUGCUGAUGGUGUAAUUCCAAAUGAAUAUGGAAUUAAUCCAGAGCAAAAGCUGAAAAUUGGUUCAAAGGUAGCUCGUCGGUUAUUGGGAAAACUUUUAAUUGAUCUGAGGAACACUCGAGAGGAAGCCAUUAGUGUUGCUGAGCUAAAGAAAAACCAAGAUGAUCACACAUUAAGCAUGAAAACUGAAAAGGAAGAUGCAGAGGCCAAGUCAAAACUUCAUCACAGGAACGAUGAAGCGCGAAGAUCCACCACUUCCAACACUUUGUCCAUGAAUGAAACACCCAUAGAUCAAGAUGAUGAUGAUGAACAAACCAAAUAUCGUUUGGAUCCAAAGUAUGCAAAUGUGAGGACACCUGAGCGUCACGUGCGGACACGCCUAUACUUUACAUCAGAAUCACAUAUCCAUUCACUUAUGAAUGUACUUCGGUUUUGUAAUUUGGAUGAAUCUCUUCAAGGAGAAGAGUCUCUUGUCUGCCAUAAUGCUCUAGUGCGGCUAAGUGAAACAAGGGAGCUUGAUUAUAUGAGUCAGAUUGUUCUGAGAAUGUUUGAAAACACAGAGGUGGCAUUAGAAGAUCCAAAAAGGUACCGCAUAGAGCUGACCUUCAGCCGUGGUGCUGAUUUAUCCCCCUUGGAGAAUAAUGAUUGUGAGGCUACUUCGUUGCGUCAGGAGCACACACUGCCUAUAAUGGGUCCGGAGAGGCUCCAGGGAACAGGUUCGUAUCUCACAUUAGAAACAAUGGAGAAGAUGAUUCGCCCGUUUGCAAUGCCUGAAGAAGACUUUCCUCCACCAGCAACACCAGCAGGAUUCUCUGGCUAUUUCUCGAAAAGUAUGCUUGAGCGAAUCGUAAAUCUUUGGCCUUUCCAUAGACAAUCAAGUACUGUUGGGAAAUGGUAAUACUAAUACCAACCAAAGCAAGCGCUGAGCUCCUUUGGACAAAUUUUGACACAACAAACAUCAUCCCACAAUUAACAGAAGUAAAAUCAUUAGUGGUAAAGUUCACUUUCUUUCCAGCGUCUUCAAUUCUUGUACUCAUGAUAAAUAGAAUUAGUGAUGUUCUCUCCUUGGCCGGGAAAAAAAAAGGAAGACAGACAGCGAUGUUCGGAAAGAGAUCAUGUUACUACUAGUAGUUUUUGUUUUCCUUAUUGUUUAUACACGUCAAAAGAAAAUGGUGAUUCGUCUCAAAUCUUUUUGUGACCUUUCAUAUCAUAACCGAAACCAAUGCGCACUACUAAUU